UCGGCCAAGAAAUCUGUCUUCAAUGUCGGCUUAUUAAGCAAAAGGCACAUCAAAUCCUCGUAAGUGUAUCAGUAAUAUUCAAAGAAUAUGCAUUCUGUUUUCAUGAAUUGCAUUCUGUUAUCAUGAAUCAAUAUGUGCAAAUCUGAACCCUAAACACAAUUAUAGCAGCUAUCACAUGAUUAUUAAAUGCAUUGUGUGUAAGCUACUUAGAUCUGAGUGAUAGGUGUUCUGUAUUUGAAGGUUUAAAGUUUCUAGAAAUUUCUUUCAUUGUGUCAGUUUUAGUUACAUUAAACAGUGCUGGUUUAUCUGUUACUGAGCAAGAUGGCAAACGAUUAUCUAAUCUCUAAAUGGCGGAUGUAUUUCAAGGCCAUUGAUGCAAAAAACGAAGGACGUAUAACUAAGGAAUACAUUACUGAAGACAAGACAAAGUUUGCCGAUUAUCAUCAUCUGGAAGGUACCCGAAGAGAAGACAUGAUGGAAAGAAUAGAGCAAUGGUUUGACAAGUACAUUCUACAAGGAAAAUCUGGUCCUAUCUCAGAACAAGAAUUUGUAGAUAUGCUAAAUGAUGACUUCAAGGCCGACCGCGACAAAUUUGUGAAGAAAAUGCAAACCUCUUUUGAAGAAAGUUUUGAAAUAAAUAAUUUAGAUAAGGGUGAACUGCUCUCCCUCCGAGGAAGAUUUCGUAAUUGUUUUCCGGGCUUCUGGUCAGGAAGAGAUUGCAUCUGAGAAGAAGUUCUUUAAAGCUUACAAUCCUGUUGAUGGUUUUGUUCCGAUAAAGCAAAUUGUUGAAUCGUGGGUUCAUUUUCUGACCUGUGAGGACAGUUCUAAACCAGAUAUUGUGAAAUCUGCUCUGGAAACGGGAGUUCGAUUCAGUGCCACUGACCUUUAUGUUUAAAAGGUCGAUGACGAUAGAACACAUUGUCUAUGUGACUGUUGUGCCUACAUUUUGGUACAUCAUUGUGCUAAAAGAACACAAAAAUGUGAAAUUUUCUUAUAAUACUUAUUUGAUUUUAACUGAUUAAACUACCUUGUGGAACCUUUGCCUUCAAAAUUCUUGCGGCAUUUACUUUGAUCAGCCUUAAUUACUAUGCCGAAAUCAGCUGUUGCCUUCAGCAACACUGGGUUCAUCUUAUGUCAGCAAAUCAUACUAAUACCAUUAAAGGCUUAUAAUAAAAUAAAUCGAAAAUCAA